AUGUCAUACUAUCAGGAUAUGUCUGUGACUCUAUCCUGCUUGCAUAGCCUCGUCUAUCUGUACAUUUGGAACGAUUCAGAUUCCGCCCGGGAAUACGACAUUACAGAUGAACAUAUCCAUGCAAGCUUCGCCCAAAACUGCAGGUCCUUGCAACAGUUGGCGCUUGGGAUUCAUGAAAAUACCGUUAUAUGCAACAUCCUGAGAGAUGAGUCUGGAAAUCUGAUACCCGAAAAAACACAGCUGAGAGCUAGAGACAAGCCUGAGAAAAGAGUAUUACUCAGGUACUCUCCGCACCAAGGCCGCAAUUUUGUCAGAUCUUUUCUUGACGAAUAA